AUGGUGGCCUCGACGACGGGAUGGCUGGUGGACACGAGCGUGGUCGCUGACAUCGCGUCGCGCCACGACAGGAAGGCCACCAAUGUCGCCGCGGGCGGUGCGGAUGUUGCAGCGGUGGAGAAGACUGAGCUUCUGGCGAGUGGUUGCGGGAGCUGCAGCGACAGUGGGCAUCUGACUCGACAGUGGCAGCGAUGUCUACUUUCUAGCUCUGGCCCUCCCCGGACCUCUGGCUCGGCGGCGGCCGCGGCCAUGCGCCAGCCCGUGUUCCACUGGUGCCGGGCGGCCAUGGAUCCCGGCGGCAUGUUUGUUUUGGAUUUUUUUUUUGCUUGGUGA